AUGCAGUCGAGGCAACCUGACUUGUUGUGCGCCGAGUUCAUCACCUUUCCGGCUGCUACCGUCUUUCUACUACUUCGUGUCAUCAGUCGUAGGAUCACUCGAGUUGGGUUUUGGUGGGAUGAUUGGUUUGCUAUUCUCUGCUAUACAACCGCCGUGGCAUGGGCCAUCAUGAUCCCCUUGUGGGUCGAGAGAGGAUUCGGCUUACACGCAACCGACGUCAAGGGCAUGUCCUUUGAAGAUGCAAACGCGACAACCAAGAAGUUCCUCUUCUUCAUCGAACACAUCUACGCCUUUACCCUCUUUUUCGCCAAGAUCUCCAUCUUGACAUUUUACUGGCGCAUGUUUCGAGUUACCAACAUCAAGAUUGCCAUCAAGAUUUUGCUUGGGUGCUCUGUUAUCUGGAUCCUGGCUCGAACAUUCUUGACAACCUUUCACUGUCUUCCUGUUGAGGCCUUCUGGGACUACACAAUCAAGAACAAGACAUGUGCUAUUGAAAGUUCCAAGUUCUUCUUUGGAACCGUUCUGGCCCACGUUAUUAUCGACAUCGCUAUCUUGGUCUUGCCUAUCGUCCAGAUUCAGAAACUCCAGCUGCCUGGCAUGCAGAAGCUGGGCAUCAUUCUCAUGUUCAUGUUUGGUAUUCUGGUCUGCAUCGCUGGCCUUGUCAUUGUCGGCGUGUCCACAACCUUUGACAACACAUCGCCUGACAUGACUUGGAACUUGGCCCCUAUUAUUAUCUGGGCCACGGUGGAGGUCAACUUGGUUACAAUUUCUACCUGCCUCCCCACGAUCCGACCAGCUUGCAUUUACAUCUUCACCUGCACCAACCCAACCUCAUCUCUCGGUUCUGCCUCCAACAGCUACGGACAAUCCUACGGUCGAAGUCAAGCCAAGAAAUCGAUCCGACUUUCCACCCUUCCCAAGGACGAAUCAAGCUCCACGCACCAGCUUGCCGGAGAUGAAGAAGGCGGAAGCGGGUCCAUCUCAUCCGAUUUCGAGAGCCAUGCCCUCGAUAGACACCACGGAAACAUUGCUACUGUUACUGUUCCGAGUACUAAUCGAACUUCGGGGGAUCAUCAUAACUCUGGCUCGUUUGGAGGAGGAAUCAUGGUCAAGAACGAGACGGUGGUUCGCGUAUCGACGGCGAAGCCACGUUGA